CAAUCAUUUUCAUACAUUAGUUGGCACUUCCGCUCAAAUAAAGAUUGAACAUGAUUUAUAUUUUGAAUCACAAGGUUUUGGUGAAGUAAAUCAAUUGGGAGGUGUAUUUGUCAAUGGACGACCAUUGCCGAAUUCGAUUCGUUUGAAAAUUGUUGAAUUAUCACGUAUGGGUGUAAGGCCAUGUGAUAUAAGCAGACAAUUACGUGUAUCACAUGGUUGUGUGUCGAAAAUAUUAUCACGUUUCCAUGAAACUGGUUCCAUAUUACCCGGUACAAUUGGUGGUAGUAAACCACGUGUUACAACACCAAAAGUCGUUUCCUAUAUAAAAGAAUUGAAAAAUAAAGAACCAGGAAUAUUUGCUUGGGAAAUUCGUGAUAAAUUACUGCAUGAUGGUAUUUGCGAUAAAUUUAAUGUUCCAUCCGUCAGUAGUAUUAGCCGAAUUUUAAGAAAUAAAAUGAAUGGAAAUUCAAAUUUACAAAUUCCAAUAUCAUUAUCGGAUACAAAUCAACAACAACAACAACAACAAUCACCACAGCAACAUUCACAAUUUAAUGUGAAUGGUUGCACUACAACCAAUAAUCAUUUGGAAAGUAAAGAAAAUGUUCGCAAUGUUAUGAAUGCUAUUUAUCAUCAUCAUCAUCAUCCUCAUCAUUCACCAUUAUAUAAUGCUUAUCAUCAUCAUAAUUCUUCUUGUACACAAACAAUACCUACAUCGAUUACAAUGACGCCUACCACAACAGCAACACAUCAUCAUCAGAAUCAUCUUUUAUCACCAUCGUCAUCCAAUUUGAAUAACACUACAGCAGCAGUAGCAGCAGCACAGGCAAUGAUUCAUCAUCAUCAUUCGAAUCCAAUGUCAACGACAAAUAUACCCGUUGUUGCUAUUAAAUCAACAGGUUGGCCAUCAUCACAUUCGGUAAAUGAUUUGUUAUCAUCUGCAUCCUCCUCCUCAUCAUCAUCAUCAUCAUCGUCUUCGUCAUCAUCAUCAUCAUCACCAAUGAUAAAUGGUUCAUCUGGUACGAUGAUGCUAAAUUCUGGUAUAACAACAACAACAACAACUGAUACAAUUACAGCAUCAACAACAACAAAUGAAACAACGAUGGCAGCUGCUGUUGCUGCAGCACAAAAUCAUUAUAUGCAAAAUUAUUAUGUUCAUGCUAUGAUUCAACAACAGCAACAACAACAACAACAACAACAACAACGUCAACAUCAACAGCAACAACACCAUUAUCAUCAUGCAAAUUCAUCAAUUACAGCAGCAGCUGUAGUAGCAGCGGCAGCAUUUGAACCAAUUAUAAACGUUCCAUCAUCACAUCAUCAUCAUUUGGAUGUAGCACAUCGAUUUUUAUAA